AUGGUAGUGAUGAAAAUGGUGACGGAUCAGAAGGCAAACCAUUCAAAACACCAUUACAAGUAUAUUAAUCUAACAGUUUAUAUUGAUGGAAAAGAUGAAACUAAAAAUAAAUGGGAAUUACUAUCAAAGGCUCAAUCAAAAAAACUUAAAACUCGAUAUGAAGAUGAAAAACGUAAAAAAAAAGCCGCAGCUGAACAGAAGUAA